UGCACUACCAUCAACGGAGCACGGUGAGCGGGACUGAUACACUCGGCGUGAAAAUGGACGUCCUUCCUGCCGAAUGUCUCUGGACUCUUCCUGUUAGUGAAGUGAAUUGCUGCCACGCCAGUGUCCUGAAUUCACUCGUUUUGUCGCACCUGAGUGUUCCUGAGGUGAUGCAACCACAGUGUGGCGCACUGCUGCCGCCCCAGUGAGCUGGAGUACUGCUCGACGUACAGACAAGUGGAUGGCCUAUGCUCCACAACUGGUCUUGUACUACUGCAUCGUUCUUGUGUCGCUUCUCCAUGAUUGUCAUCAACUGAUAUAGAUGCGCAAGGAGAAUGAGGCGCGACGGGUUUCCAGUGCCAAGCAGUCGGGGAAAGUGAUGUGGCCUCACUUACAAAAAAAGCUGAAUAGCGAAUGUCAUCAGAUCACUAAGGUUCACGUGGUGGCGACUGGAGUGGUCGUAGUUUUGGUAGUCAUCAUUGUCCUAGUUGCAACAUUAUCAAGCUCAGGGUCCUCCCCUCCCACACUCCCCUUGCCUGACCACCUGGACGCCUCACGCUGCCCGGCACAGUACGGCUCGCCGCGGCCUGUCCUUAUUGUCUCCCUAGAUGGCUUCCGGCCUGACUAUCUGCACCACGGUCAGACCCCGACCCUGGAACGCCUGUCCAAACUAGGAGUGCACGCCCCUUACCUCCUGCCUGUAUACCCGACCAAGACCUUCAGCAACCAUUACUCCAUCGUAACGGGCCUCUACCCGGAGAGCCACGGCAUUGUGGACAACGUGUUCUAUGACCCCACCUUCAGGGCUCUCUUCACCAUCAAAAGCCCGGCAGCCCGCAACGGCUCAUGGUGGCACGGAGAGCCCAUCUGGAACACCUUGGCGCGGCAGGGUAAGAAAAGUGCCACGUUCUUCUGGCCAGGGUCUGAGCAGACAUCGGGGGGGCGCUAUCCAGACCACUGGAUGCACUACAAAUCUUCCGUUCCUUACGAGGAAAGGGUCAGCAAGGUGCUGGAGUGGGUGUCGCUUCCCCCAAAGGAGAGGCCGAGCUGGGUGUCUCUAUAUUUUGAGGAGCCGGACAAACAGGGCCACAGCACGGGCCCUCUAUCCCCGGAGAUUGACAAGGCGCUGAAGAAGGUGGAGAAGGCGGUGAGGAGGUUGAUGAGAGGGCUGGCAGAGCGGGAGCUCCUGCACUGCGUCAACCUCCUGUUUGUGUCUGACCACGGCAUGGCUCAGAGCAGGACUGACGUCGAAAUAGAUUUGGCAGUGUCGGUGCCGAAUAUUAGUCAGGUGGCUGACGUGAUCUUCGGAGCAUCGGCAAAGAUCAUGCUCAAGAACCCGAGUCAUGAAGCUGAAGUGGACCUGGUGAGGCGCCUGUCCAACGACUUUCCGGGUAAGCUUCGGGCGUUCCUCAAGACUGACUUGCCCAAGCGGCUCCACUACGUCAACGACCUCCGCAUCAGCCCCAUCGUGCUCGACCAGCAGCCCGGGUACAGAGUGAAGGACGUGCGUCCCGACAGCAAGAAAAGAGACCCACCUCAAGGCUCACACGGCUACGAUUAUAUUCAUCCCGGCAUGGAUGCCUUCUUCAUUGGGUACGGGGCGGACUUCGUGCAGAGCAAGACAGUGGAAGCGUUUCAGAACAUCGAACUCUAUAAUUUGAUGUGUCUCCUUGCCAAUGUGGAGCCGGCGCCAAACAACGGUACGUGGGGCGCCCUCCAUCACCUCCUCGCUGACCCGCCUUCACUCCCUCCCUCCACGCAGCUGGUCGAUCCGGUCCUCGUCGAUUAUCCUGAAAACGCAAGCAACACUUUCCAGCUCGCCGAGGGGUGCGAGGCCAGUCCGAGGUGGAGAGGCAGGACAUACGAACCAACAACAGUUGACGACAUAUCUGAACAUCUUCCUUGGGGACUUCCUACCACCUCAGGCACAGUGUCAGCGCCGCUCCUCCUCCGCCAUGACACUCACGUAACAGGUUACUCCCCGGAGCUGAGGACCCCGCUGUGGACUAGUUUCACGCUUCACAAAAAGCAUGUGCCGCUCACCGCACCAGUAACGAGGCCCUGGUUAGCUGAUCCUCGCCUUCUUCCUGCUCAAAUGGCUACCUGCAGGGAAUAUGAAACUUACACCAAUAUUACCAUGACGCCGCUCUUCCCGCCCGGUUACGGUUCUGUGACAGUACCCGAGGAGGUGUACUUUAUCUCCAACGCUGUGGGCAUCACAAACCAUGGGGAAGGCAACGGAGUGGCACGGCGGUGGCGUCAUCUCAUUGAGGCACUGCUCCCUAGCUGGCUGACGCUGCACAAGCCGCUCAAUGUGGUGGUGGGACCCGUGUUCGACGACAACAGUGACGGGCUUUUGGAUCCCCUCAAUGCGACAGGACAUCUGCAGAUAGCGAGUGAUCUCUUCGCAGUGGUUACGCGCUGCUUGGACAAAGUGCCCCUCCUGAAAAAGUGUGACCCCACCCGCUUAGACGCCCUCGCUUUUGUCUACCCCCAGACGCAGUAUUCUUGGACACCCGCUAGUGGCGACGACACGACCUACGCCAGCAUCUACACUGCCAGGGUGAGGGAUGUGGAGCUGCUUACCGGUCUCGUCUUCUUCCCCAACUUGACCACUGACGCUCGCCUUGCCCUGGCCCUCCGCACCCACCGUUCCCUGUGGCGCCUCCCCUAACUGUCCAUUUUCUCACUCUGGACCCAAGAACUAAGCAUCCUCUCCACGGCGGCAUCAGCUGGGACCGCAUUCUCAAUUGUUUCGGCGUCCUAUCUCGAUUAAUUGUUGCAGGCUCUAGUGAAAAAUUUUCUUAGUUUUCAAGGAUGUUUUCGUGAUUCCGGUAUUAGUUUUACAAGGAUUCUUCAUUAUCAGUGGGGGAAAAUGUCUAUGAGAACUCGACUAAACGUCUCUGUGGUAUUUUAAAAUAGUCGUUGCUGGAAAACAAAACAUUUCAAUAUGAAGGCCCAGAUGACUCUUGACUUGUCCAACACCCCGUCCUGUUCAUGUGUAUUCAUACGUGUGUUCAUACGUAUUCAUCAACUGAAUAUGAGGACAUGAUAAAAUAAUGUGAAUUGCAGUAAACCAGCAGACCUAUACGUGAUUGCAAUGAUAAAAUGACAUGAUAAAAUAAUGUGAAUUGUAAUAAACCAGCAGACCUAUACGUGGAUUGCAAGUGAAGUGAAAUAAUUAAAUGGACGCUGUUC